CCAGCCGAACCAUCCCGGCACGCGGGCCUCCCGGGAGUGCAAGCAGCCCCCACCAACUGCCCAUAUGACCGAGAGCGUCUGUGCCCAGAGCCCGCCCGCGCCCGCCGUCCGUCCGAGUGCCACCCUUCCGGCGUGACCCAGGGGCUGCCCUGAUGGACCCGGCCCUCUUUCGGAGCAGUCUUUCUGUGUGGCCCUCCGUUUCUCCUGGUCUCCGCGCCCGUGCUCUUUGAUUAUGCCUCUCAGCGCGUCCCCCGCUGCUCACACUCGCCCUGGAUAGCCUCUCAAGAAAACACCAUGAAAGAUACUGAUAUCAAGAGACUACUGUAUACCCAUCUUUUAUGCAUAUUUUCAAUUAUCCUAAGCAUCUUCAUUCCAUCAUUCUUCUUGGAGAACUUCUCAAUAUUGGAAACACACUUGACAUGGUUGUGCAUCUGUUCUGUUUUUGUAACUGCCGUCAAUCUACUAUUAUAUUUAGUAGUGAAACCAAAUGCAUCCUCUAAAAGAAGUUCAUUAUCAUACAAGGUAACCAGGUUUUUGAAAUGCUGUAUCUACUUUCUUAUGUCAUGUUUCUUCUUUCAUGUAAUUUUUGUUCUAUAUGGAGCACCACUCAUAGAGUUGGUGUUGGAAACAUUUUUAUUUGCUGUUAUUUUGUCUACCUUUACUACUGUACCUUGUUUGUGUUUGUUAGGACCAAACAUCAAAGCAUGGCUAAGAGUUUUCAGUAGAAAUGGAGUUACAUCCAUUUGGGAGAACAGCCUUCAGAUCACUACAAUUUCUAGCUUUAUAGGAACAUGGCUGGGAGCCUUUCCUAUUCCACUCGAUUGGGAAAGACCUUGGCAGAUGGCAAUAGAAAGAAAAUAUAAAAUGUGUACAUCUCUCUAUGUAUGUACCAGGCAUGGGGCUUCGCACUGUCCACAGGUAUGGCCCAUCUCCUGUACGCUUGGAGCGACCUUUGGCUACGUGGCUGGCCUUGUGAUUUCACCACUCUGGAUAUACUGGAAUAGAAAGCAACUUACAUACAAGAACCAUUAAUUGGAGCAAAGGGAGAAGAUACUUCGUUGUGCAGAUUCCAUAAAGACUGUGCAGAAAUGUACAUGGUCUAAGCCAGGCAGUUCCAUUUACAGCACUGUUUUUUAUGUAGUUACAACAUGGUAUGAUUGUAGCUUUUUAAACUAUGAAACCCCUGAGAGAUUGUACCUUCUAGUUGAAAUAAAGUAUUUAUAGUAGAUUGUGGCUUCA